GGGCAGGCCUCGCCUCCCGCCCGCCCCCGCCAUCUUAAGCCGCUACGCGCCGGGCGGGGGGCGAGGGUGGGGGCCGCCGCGCCACCUGAGGGGAUGGCGGCGGCCGACACGGGCGGGUGGACGUGGCUGCUGCGGGCACCCACCGCCACCGAGCUGCUGCUGGCGGCCCUGUGCUGGCUGGGCUGCUACUGGCUGCUGCGGGGGCGGCGGCGGGCGCUGCCGGGGCUGCCGCCGGGCCCGGCGCCCUGGCCGCUGGUGGGCAACUUCGCUUUCGCCCUGCUGCCGCCGCCGCUGCUGAGGCGGUGGGCGGUGCAGGUGCGGGGCGGCGGCCGGGGCUCCCCCGCCUUCUCCCCUCACGUCUUCCUCACCGGCCUCACCAAGAUGUACGGCAGCGUCUUCCGCCUCUUCGUGGGCAGCCGCCCCUUCAUCGUCCUCAACACCUUCGGGGCGGUGCGGGAGGCGCUGGUGCAGAAGGCGGAGGUGUUCAGCGACCGGCCCUCCGUCCCCAUCGUCCUCAUGAUCACCCGCAAGAAGGGUGUUAUUUUUGCACCUUAUGGCCCUGUCUGGAAGCAACAGAGGAAAUUCUCUCUCUCAACACUGCGUCAUUUUGGAGUAGGAAGACACAGCUUAGAGCCUAAAAUCAUUGAGGAACUGAAGUUUAUAAAGGAGGAAAUGUUGAAGCAUGGAAAGGAUUCAUUUAAUCCCUUUCCAAUCAUUCGCAAUGCAGUGUCCAAUGUUAUCUGUUCCAUGGCCUUUGGCAAGCGUUUUAACUACGAAGAUGUUGAGUUCAAGACGAUGCUGAAGAACAUGGCCCGUGCACUAGAGCUAAGUGUGAACAGCUAUAUGAUCCUGGUCAAUAUCUGCCCUUGGCUGUACUACCUUCCCUUUGGGCCUUUCCGGGAACUUAGGAAAACAGAAUUAGAUAUUACUGCUUUUCUAAAGAAAAUAAUUGCACAGCACAGGGACACACUGGAUACAGCAAAUCCCAGGGACUUCAUUGAUAUGUACUUCAUCCAUGCGGAAGAAGAAAAGAACAACAAGGAGAGCAGUUUUAAUGAAGACUACCUAUUUUUUAUCAUUGGUGACCUCUUCAUCGCAGGCACAGACACUACUUCCAACACAUUACUGUGGUGCUUGCUCUACAUGUCUCUUUACCCAGAAGUACAAGAGAAGGUUCAUGCAGAAAUUGAAGCAGUUCUAGGACGUGACAAAGUUCCCUCUCUUACCCACAAGGCUCAAAUGCCCUUCACAGAGGCAACCAUUAUGGAAGUGCAGAGGAUGACUGCAGUUGUUCCCCUUUCUAUUCCUCGAAUGGCCUCAGAAACUGCUGUGCUGCAGGGAUAUACUAUUCCGAAGGGCAGUGUGAUCGUGCCCAACUUGUGGUCAGUACACAGAGAUCCUAACAUUUGGGAGAAACCAGAUGAAUUUCAACCAUCAAGAUUUCUGGAUGAGAAUGGACAGCUAAUUAAGAAAGAGGCAUUCAUUCCUUUUGGAAUGGGUAAACGUGUGUGCAUGGGAGAGCAGUUGGCAAAAAUGGAGCUGUUCUUAAUUUUUGCAAGUCUAAUGCAAAGUUUUACCUUUUUGUAUCCUGAAAAUGCUGCAAAGCCAUCUAUGGAUGGAAGGUUUGGUCUAACUUUAGCUCCAUGCCCAUUCAAUAUAAUAGCUUUGAAGAAAUGAUACAACAUCAAAGAAGAUUAAACAAAGAAAUACUGCACUUUUAAAACCCAGCUUUAUUUUGUUUCCAGCUUAUUUUGUUACUUUCUUUACAGAAAAACACCAACCACAUAGGCUUUCAUAGUCAGUGAGAACGAUCCAUUUACACUUCUGGAAAUAAAAGAUUUUUUUGUCAGCUGUUGCAUUCCAUAAAUGAACUGACAGCAUAGUUUGCAAUUUGAUAUUAAAACUUGCUGGGCUUGUCCCUUCUGUCUAUAAGCUAUUACUGUCAUUUUGUCAAAUAUUAAUUAUGGGAGAACGGUCCAAAACAUCUGCUAAUGCUUUAGCAAAUAGUCAUUGUUAUUUUGGUAAAAGUAGUACAUAAACAUUUAGUUUACCAAAUGGCUGAAGGACAUCGUCUAAUAUCAAAAGGAUUAAUGAAUGAGAGGCUAUUAGCGUUUUCUGUGUAAAGAAACAUUAUAACUAAGCUUAAAUAAUAACAAAUACUUUAGGGAAAUGACUAAAUGAUGCUUCUUUUAACCUUGGUGGAUUCUUUCUUGCAAGUAACUCAUAGGUGUAGAUUGGAUCAAAUCAAUCUGUAUUCCUGGAUCCUGUUUAUAUCAGGGCUCGCUAUAAACAAUCAGUUACCAACUCUAAACCCCCAGGCUCGGAGGCCAAGUGAAUCCUUGAAAUUACCCUGUUCUUAACAUGAAAGGGGUGUGCAGCGUCUGGAUGCAGAUGUUUUAUCUCAGAGUAUAAAUGAGAGCAGAUUUCCCUAACAAGAAACAGAAGUCUGUUCUCUGUGGUGCCAAGCAGAUAUUCAAGAUGACAUCUGUGCUGCCACUUCACAUUCGCUGUUUUACCCACGUCAGCAAUGACAUCUUGUUCUCUGGUUGCAGCCUGGAUGAGACCAACAGCCCGCUCAUUGGGGAAAACUCUAAAUGCAUAAUCCUGAAUUUGGGGCUUGCACUCAGGUUUUUCAUAUACAGGCACUGUGGACAAUACUGCCACAACCUGUUUGGUUUUGGGAACUGGAGUCUUAUUUCAAAUACGUCACUGCAGAUACAGGUCUUAUACAUUUAGGCAUGGAACAUGAGGAAUCUGACAAACUUGAGGUUUGAGUAUAAAGGCUUUCUCUGUUAUCUUCUAUAUGGAGUAAAAAGAUCUGUAGUUCAUUCAGUAUUAAGUGUUUCAGUACCUUCCUCUCUUCACAUGCAGAAUCUUAGUGCUGUUGAAGCUUAGUGCGCUGUUGAACCAAUUGCCAAGGAAAGCUUGUUCUUAGGUGUUUUGGAAGGGGGCACUCAGUCUUGCCUUUUAUUUGAAAGAUCUCUCAAACAUCGAAAGUGAUCUUUUGGAGGACAUGUAACAAUUUCUAAAUAAUUGUUCUUAGUCAUCCUUAAAUCUCUUUUAUAUACUUUUUGAUCUAACAGAAUUUCGUAUCAGAUGAAAUAAUAUAUACUCUUCUAAGGAAUUCCUCCCCCGCCCCUUAUUGGAGAUCUAGAGAACAGUAGCAGUCCUCCUAAUGCCAAGUUUACAAGAGCAGAAUGUGAAAUUGACUGUAAAGUGGAAUUGGGUAUUCCACAGCAGAAACUAAACCUAAAUUGUAAAAGAAGAGUCAGCUCUUCAGCAUAAAUUAACCUCUGGUUUUGUCACUUUUUAACUUGAAGUUUUAAAAGCCAGAUAGUGCCUAGCGAAGACUGUAAGAUACUUGGUUUGGAUUAAAUUAAGGGUUUCUGUUAGCUGUUUUGAACAACAGAGUGGCUUUAUUUCUGAAUGAUGUAUUUGGUUGGUCAGGUACCCUGCUGUUUGUGUGAGAACUUCCUGUUCUUACAUGGGCUAACUUUUGACUUUAUAGGUUAGCCCCUGCUCAUGUUAAAUUUUUUCUUUGUAUGAAAUUUUUGAAAACCGCAUAGCACAAUAAAAAGUAGAGUUUGGUACCAAUGUUAGAAAACUUGCACUAGAUGUUGACAGUAUUGGAGUAAUAAGCUCUUAUUUCUUUAUGUUUUCCAAUGAAUAAAUAGACUCUGUGUACUUUCGUCUGGAAAUUCUUAAAAUGAUAAUGCUUAAUUGCAAAGCUAAAAUUAAGUGCUGAUAAUAUUUAUCUUUCUGUUGAAAUGCCUCUUUAAGCACCAUAAUGAUGUUGGUGUGCAACUGAUCACUUUUUUAUAAAAUACCUGUCCUUUUAAUCAAUGAGGACACAUUUGAAAAGCACUUUAGUUGGUUGGGUUUUUUUUUUUUUUACAGAUUCCAAAGAAGACACAAUUCACACAAUUCCAAAGUAUGUGGAGUUGUACAUAUUUGUGCUCGUUUUGCCUGCUGGGUUUAGUUUAAAAUGUCAUCUUUGAAAACUAUCCUUCAAAAAUUAUCCUUCUACAAAUAGUACUUUGAGAUGCGGUUUUUGAUGAUACCUAUAAUCAAAUGUUGCAUAGUGUGACAAGCUAAAAACACUGGUGCGAAGGUGGAACCAUGUCACUGUCUGCCAGAAUGCAAGAUGGUGUUGGAAAUGACAGUAAAGACCUGCCUUUCAUGCCUUCCAGAUGCACUGAAAUUUUCACAGGAUGCCAUGAAAGUAGCUAAACAAUAGCAUAAAAGCAACAAAAUGUUUGUGGUUUUAAAAAUGUGUUGCCAUCUUUGGUAAACUUUAAGUAAAGUGGUAGCAGAUUUGGUUUGUAUUUGUAAAUGUAUCCUUCCCCUCCCUUUUUUUAGCAGAGGAAGCAUCUCAAAUGCCUUAUUGAAAAAUGUAUGUUUUAUAUAAGUGGAUGGCUAUUUCUGAAUGCUGAAAAUUUAAUUUCUGAAAAUGACUUCAGACUUUGCUUCAGUGUAAGUUUAUUUUUAAUAAAGUAAUUCCCAAAUAAGUGUUGUAUAGUCACUGCAACGAGUUCCACUUGUUGACUAAGGUUGUGGCGUUCGGUGUUUUACAUCUUACAAAGAAAGCUUUUGAGUGAGAUGUUACAAAAUGUUUUAGAUGAGGAGUGAAGGAGGUGGGGGAAUAAAGCGAUACUGGGAAAAUAUAAUGCCAGGCAUGUUACAAGCAAAUGAUAGAGUCUGUUCAUUCUCUCAGCGCAGUUUGAAAAACACUGUUACUCAGAAUAAAAGGGGAGAAGAGUAGAGAU